CUCAGUCGGUCUCACCUUGGCGUUGACAUAAGGCCCUCGCAGGAGCGGCUCGGGCUAGCCGUCACCCCCCUCCCUCCCCUGCCGCCGCCGGCACACGUCGCCGGGGCCUCGUUCCUCGCGCGGUUUUUUGGCUCUCUCGUGCGAGAUCUGCUGCGUUUUGGGCGCUCCGGUGGUGGCGCGUGCUCCCGGCGGCGCUCCGGCCCGUGCGGGCGUUGGCGCGUCCUCUAGCUAGGCUGCGGGAUGGGCCAGCCUUUGCGCGGUGCGGGGGGUGGUCACCAGGCGGCGGCGCUCCACCGGGCUCGCCCCCGAUCUGUCGCUGCCUGGAUCCUGCAGUUCGGGCUUCCCCCUUUGACUUGCGCGCGUAGGCGUGGGGUGGUGCUUGGUGGGUGCCCAUGGGCAUGGGCUUCCCGGUGUGGUGUUGGCCGGCCGACUCUGCUCUUCUUUCGUCUAUCGGCUUGCUGCUGCGUUUGCACAGGUCGGCAGUUCCUUGGCAGGCAGAUGGCGGCCAUGGAUGCGGCCUGCUCUCCACGUGGGGUGCAGCCGUGGGCGGGACAGCAGGUCCCCCUUGUCUUGCUGUCAGUCUGGAUGGGCGCUUCUCCGUCGGGUUGGCGAGCUCCAUGGCUUUGCUGUGGUGGCCAUGGAUGCGGCUUCCUCCCACCCAAGUUGAUAAUCUUAUAUCGUAUAGGGAGCUACAUGAGUAGGUAUUUUCAUUCAAGUUGAGAGGUGCAUAUAAUAUGAUGUCAAAGCUCUCCCAAGAGCAGUUAAACAAUGGCGUUAUCUGCUCCUCUGCUGGAAACCAUGCUCAAGGAGUUGCUCUUUCUGCUCGAAAACUGGGCUGUGAUGCCAUUAUUGUCAUGCCUGUGACAACACCAGAAAUCAAGUGGCGAUCAGUGGAGAGAUUGGGUGCGACAGUCAUUCUCAAAGGAGACUCGUACGAUGAAGCUCAAUCAUAUGCAAAACUACGCUGUCAAGAGGAAGGCCGCACAUUCAUACCUCCUUUUGACCAUCCCGAUAUUAUUGCUGGACAAGGAACUGUUGGCAUGGAAAUUGUUCACCAAUUGCAAGGUCCAUUACAUGCAAUAUUUGUACCUGUGGGAGGUGGUGGGUUAAUUGCUGGAAUUGCUGCCUAUGUAAAACGGGUCCUCCCUGAGGUCAAAAUAAUUGGAGUGGAGCCCUCAGAUGCAAAUGCCAUGGCAUUGUCCUUGUGUCAUGGCCAGAGGGUCAUGUUAAAACAUGCUGGAGGGUUUGCUAAUGGUGCAGCUGUCAAAGUUGUAGGCAAGGAGACAUUUCGCCUGUGUCAAAAUUUCGUAGAUGGCAUUGUCCUGGUCAGCCAAGAUGCUAUUUGUGCUUCAAUAAAGGAUAUGUUUGAGGAGAACAGGAAUAUCCCUGAACCUUCUGGGGCCCUUGCCUUGGCUGGGGCUGAAGCUUACUGCAAAUACUAUGGUUUGAAAGGGGAAACUGUGGUUGCAAUAAGUAGCGGUGCAAAUAUGAACUUUGAUACACUUAGAUUAGUAGCUGAGCUUCCUGAUGUUGGUCGAAAACCAGAAGCGGUAUUAGCUACAUUUUUGCCGGAGGAGCAGGGAAGCUUCAAAAAGUUUGCAGAACUGUUUGGCCGGAUGAAUAUUACCGGAUUCAAACACAUAUGUGAUUCUCAUGGAAAAGAAGCCCUUGUUCUACACAGCGGAAGUGAUAACGUCGGAGAUGAACGGGCAAAGGCUAAACUUGUAGCAGUUGGAGCCGAUGGCCUGGAAUGUGAGGAUAGCUAUAGACCCUACAGAGAGGGGGGAAAGCUGCUGGCGUGGCUGGGCAUCUGCAUGGGCACCACCACCGGGAUCUUCAACCUCAUGACGGCGGGGCUCGGCCUGUACGUGAAAGCGCAGCACCCAAGUGCGCACCCGCUGGUGGUCACAUGCUGGGAGGCCUUGCCGCUCACCAUGGUUCGUGUCGUCCUCGUGUCCAGCCUCGGCGCCACGCUCGCUCUCGUCAUCCUGCUCAUGUAUGCAAGCAUGAAGAUGACCUUGCAGGGGGGUUCCCCGUCUGGCUCGGCCUAGUUAGUAUACAUCCAUUUUGCCUUUACUUACUGCUGUUGUUGUGUUGUAGUAGUACGUGUGGAGUAGGAGCAGUAUAGAUUGUUGUUUAGAAAGAAAGAAAUAAACAUGUGAUGAGUUUUUUUUUUUUUUUGUGAUGAGUUGACGGAGCAGCACCCCUCAACUCGUCGUGUAUGUAAUAACUGGGGCAUGACCCACAAUGCAAAACAUUUAAGAGAA